GCCCGCGGUGACGCCCCCCACCCCGCAGGGUGGGCGCUGCCCAAGGGGCCGCCGGGCCGCGCCGCGGUCAGCAACGGGCCGGGCCCCCCCAAGCGCCCCGGGGGCUGCUCCACGUCCCCGUCGUCGCCCAAGAAGGAGGCCCCCCCCGCGCCCGGCAGGAGUAAACCCCGCGAGGCCACGUUCAGCGCUGAGGACGGCUACGUGAAGAUGCUGCUGCGGGGCCGGCCCGUGCCCAUGCUCGUGCCUGACGCCGCCGCGGGCUCCUACAGCCUGGACGCCCGCCUGGACCCGCCCGCGCGGCGCCCCAAGCUGGACUGGGUCUACGGCUACCGGGGCCGCGACUGCCGUGCUAACCUCUUCCUGCUGCCCACGGGCGAGAUCGUGUACUUCGUGGCGGCCGUGGCCGUGCUGUACAGCGUGGAGGAGCGGCGCCAGCGCCACUACCUGGGCCACAACGACGACAUCAAGUGCCUGGCGGUGCACCCCGACAUGGUAACCAUAGCGACUGGGCAGGUAGCUGGCACCUCCAAGGACGGCAAGGCGCUGCCCCCGCACGUGCGGGUCUGGGACUCCGUGAGUCUGCACACGCUGCACGUGCUGGGCCCGGGGCCCUUCGAGCGCGCCGUGGCCUGCGUGGGCUUCUCCAAGGCCAACGGCGGGGCGCUGCUGUGCGCUGUGGACGAGUCGAGCGAGCACGUGCUGUCGGUGUGGGACUGGCAGCGCGAGCACAAGGUGGCCGAGGUCAAGUGCUCCAACGAGGCGGUGCUGGCCGCCACCUUCCACCCCACGGACCCGGCGCUGCUCGUCACCUGCGGCCGCGGCCACGUCCACUUCUGGGCCCUGGAGGGCGCCUCGCUCAGCAAGCGCCAGGGCAUCUUCGAGAAGCACGAGAAGCCCAAGUACCUGCUGUGCGUGGCCUUCACCGAGAACGGGGACGUGGUGACCGGGGACUCCGGGGGCAACCUCUACAUCUGGGGCAAAGGUGGGAAUCGGAUCAGCCAGGCGGUGCCGGGGGCCCACGACGGCGGCGUGUUCGGUCUCUGCGUCCGGCGCGACGGCACCAUCGUGUCCGGGGGCGGCCGGGACCGGCGCGUCGUGCUCUGGGGCCGCGACUACCAGCGCCUGCAGGAGAGCCAGGUGCCCGAGGCCUUCGGGCCGGUGCGCACCAUCGCCGAGGGCCGAGGGGACACCCUGUUCGUGGGCACGACCCGCAACUCCGUGCUGCUCGGCUCCCUGGCCGCCGGCUUCACCCUCCUGGUGCAGGGCCACACCGAGGAGCUGUGGGGCUUGGCCGCCCACCCCAGCCUGGACCAGUUCCUGACUUGCGGGCAAGACAAGCAAGUGCAUCUCUGGUGCGCGACCACCCACCAGCCCCUCUGGAGCAAGGCCAUUGAGGACCCGGGCCGCUCGGUCGGCUUCCACCCCGAUGGCGCUGUGGUGGCCGUGGGCACAAUGACCGGCAGGUGGCUGGUGCUGGAUACGGAGACGCGGGACCUGGUGACCAUCCACACGGACGGGAACGAGCCCAUCUCGGUCGUCAGCUACUCGCCGGACGGCGCGUACCUGGCCGUGGGUUCCCACGACAACUUCGUGUACGUCUACGCCGUGGCCGAGGGCGGGCGCCGCUACAGCCGCGUGGGCAGGUGCUCGGGCCACUCCAGCUUCAUCACGCACCUGGACUGGGCGACCGACGGCGGCUGCUUCGUCACCAACUCGGGCGACUACGAGAUCCUGUACUGGGACCCCGCGACCUGCCGCCAGAUCACGAGUGCCGACGCGGUGCGGAACCGGGACUGGGCCACGGUCACCUGCGUGCUGGGCUUCGGCGUGCUCGGGAUCUGGCCCGAGGGCGCGGACGGCACCGACAUCAACGCCGUGAGCCGCUCCCGGGACGGCGCCCUGCUCGCCUCGGCCGACGACUUCGGCACCGUGCGCCUCUUCCGCUAUCCCUGCUGCCAGCCCCGGGCCUCGAGCCACGCGGCGGAGGGGCACAGCAGCCACGUCACCAACGUUGCCUUCCUGCCCGGGGACCGGGGGCUGCUCUCGGCCGGCGGCUCCGACACCAGCGUCCUGCAGUGGCGCCUCGUCUAGGCGGGGGGGCCCGCGCGGCCCUGCACCGCGGGGCUAGUACAGCUGUAUUCAAUGCGCUUGAGGUUGCACAGGGGUGCGGGGGGGGCUGCAGCACUUUGUGGGGGGGGGAGACGACCCCAGGCAGGGCCCCCCGCCCACCCCGCAGCCGGGGUGGGCGUGCUUCCCUUGCUUUUUGCAAGUAAUGGGGAAUGGGGGGGAAACUGAGGCACGGGGGUGCAAUCCUGCUGCCCCCCUUGCCUGGGGUGUCCCCAGGGGUGGAGCUGGGGGGGUCCCCUUGAUCCCAGUCCCCUGGGGGGUUGCUGGCUCCAGCUGAUUGUAUUUGCACUGGGGGGGGGCUGUGCGGCGGGAUGCGGGCCCUGCCUUUCCAAAGAGGGUGCGGGGUCCCUCCCCACCCAAUAAAGCACGUGCGUGAGA